CGCAGUAGCGCUCGUAGAAAGAUUCAGUGUUGCGUCGGCUGUCGUUAUGGUCACUACGUGCUUAGACCUGGACUCGAGCAGCUGAGAAAUAUGUGUCGUGACUGAGAAAACACCAAGUUGACUUUGCUCCCCCUUUUUUUUUUCAUUUACAAACUAAAGAGAAAAAAUUAUAAGGGUUUCGGAUUUGAAGUAGAGCGACGAUGUGCGGCAUUUAAUACGGACCAUAAAUGUUUUGAAAUUUGAAAAGUUCAGUGGAUUUUUUUUUCGUUUGUUUCGGUUUUACGUUUUCGUUGAUUUUGCUUUUCGGUGUAAAAGUUAAGCAAAAACUAAAAAAUAUAAAAAUGUGGCGCUUCCUAGUGAUGGGCGCUUUGGCGCUCUGCUCUUCGGUUGUGGCGCGAUACGACGGGCCGGAGCAGUGCUCUUGGCUACCGGAUAACAACGAUACGAGCGUCUCCAGACUGGUGGUGUCUUGUAAACUCAGAACUCUCGACGGUAGCAGCGCUAAUCUUAGCACUUUACCAGUGGAAGGCACUUCAAGACUUAGGAUCUCGUGUAGCGACGACUUGUUCUUCGAAAGCGCUUUACCCACGGCCGCAAUCCAGCGACUCCACGACCUGCAGGAUUUGAGAGUGGAGAAUUGCAAAGUGUUAACUCUUGAGCCUAACGCGUUCGUCGGUUUGACUAAUAUGAAGAAGAUCGCGAUAAACACUUUCAAUUGGCGUAUGGGAAAGAGUUUGGAGAUGAGCGGCUCAAGUUUUACUGGAUUGAAAGAAUUGCAAGUGCUUAAUUUGGGCGACAACAAUAUGAGGGCUUUACCGGAAGGCGUAUUCUGCCCACUGGUCAAUCUGCAAACGCUGAACCUGACAAGGAACAGAAUCCGGAACGCCGAUCGCCUCGGGUUCGGCGACGGUCAGUCGCGUAUGUCCAUCUGCUCCAGCAGCGAUCUGCAGAUCCUCGACCUCUCCUACAACGACCUGCAAUCUCUCUCCGACACCGCCGGCUUCUCUCGCCUGAGGCGUCUGCAGCAAUUGGACCUGAAGUACAACAACAUCGGCGAGAUCUCCGGCGAAACGUUGACCGGACUUGUUUCAUUGCGCGUCUUGAAUUUGGCGAACAACAAGAUCGAGAUGCUGCCGCAGGGAAUGUUCUCUGGCUCGAGGGAAUUGCGCGAACUCCAUCUGCAGAACAACUCGCUUUUCUCUCUGGCGAAGGGGCUCUUCCACAGACUCGAACAACUCCUGGUGCUCGACCUCUCUGGUAACCAAUUGACCAGCGGACACGUCGACGCCGGCACCUUCACCGGUUUAAUCCGAUUGAUCGUUCUCAAUUUGUCUCACAACGCGCUCACCCGCAUCGACGGGCGCACCUUCAAAGACAUCUAUUUCCUACAAAUCCUGAAUUUGAGGAACAACUCCAUCGGUUUCAUCGAGGACAACGCCUUCUUGUCGCUUUACAACUUGCACACGCUGAACCUGGCCGAGAAUCGUCUCAACACCAUCGCUCCGCAUCUCUUCAACGGACUCUUCGUGCUUAGUAAAUUAACACUUAACAACAACCUUAUCGUGAACAUCGACUCGCGCGCGUUCCAUAACUGCUCCGCGCUUAAAGAGCUCGAUCUGAGCUCCAACGAAUUGGAGGAAGUUCCCGAUGCAAUCCAAGAGCUGACUUUCCUGAAAACUCUCGAUUUGGGAGAGAAUCAGAUCACCAACUUCAAGAACGGCACCUUCAGAAAUCUCAACCAGCUGACGGGAUUGCGAAUGAUCGACAACAAAAUUGGCAAUUUGACGAAAGGUAUGUUCUGGGAUUUGCCCAGUCUGCAAGUGCUGAAUUUGGCUAAGAACAAAGUGCAAGGCAUUGAACGCGGAACUUUCGAUCGUAAUCCUCAGAUUGAGGCUAUAAGACUUGAUGAAAAUUAUUUAACUGAUAUAAACGGAGUUUUCGCGACAUUGGCGAGUCUUCUUUGGCUUAAUCUCUCCGGAAAUCAUUUGGUUUGGUUCGAUUACGCGUUCAUCCCGAUAAAUUUAAAAUGGUUGGACAUCCACAGUAAUUUCAUCGAGCAUCUCGCUAACUACUAUAAAAUCCAAGAUGAUAUUCACGUGAAGACUUUGGAUGCCAGCCACAACAGGAUCAGCGAAAUAUCAGCACUUUCCAUCCCCAACAGCGUGGAGCUUUUAUUCAUUAACAAUAAUUUCAUCAAGUCCGUGAAAGCGAAUACGUUUUUGGAUAAGAGCAGCCUGACGCGUGUCGAUAUGUAUUCUAACGACCUGGUGAAUUUGGAUCUGAACGCGCUGCGUUUGGCUCACGUCCCGGAGAACCGCACUCUUCCAGAAAUCUACUUGGGUGGAAAUCCUUUCCACUGCGAUUGCACAAUGGAAUGGCUGCAGCGUAUCAACAGCAUGAAUGCAACUCGUCAAUAUCCGAAAGUCAUGGACUUGGACAACGUAAUGUGCCGUAUGACGCAUUCCCGUGGGAUGACACACAUGCCUUUGGCGAGGGCGAAAUCGAGCGAUUUCCUCUGUCGUUACGAAACUCACUGCUUCGCACUCUGCCAUUGCUGCGAUUUUGAUGCUUGCGACUGCGAGAUGACCUGUCCGAAUAACUGCAGCUGCUACCAUGAUCAGACUUGGAAUACGAAUGUUGUUGAUUGCUCCGGGCAAAACGCAAUUGAGAUCCCGCAUCGCAUUCCCAUGGACGCGACGGAAGUGUAUUUGGAUGGUAACGAGUUCAAGGAGCUGCAGAAUCACGUUUUCAUCGGGAGGAAGAACAUGAGAGUUUUGUACGUGAAUGGUAGCGCUGUGGAGAGCAUCCAGAAUCGCACGUUCAACGGGUUGAACGCGCUUGAAAUUCUGCACAUGGAGGAUAACAGGAUCGCAAAAUUGAAGGGAUACGAGUUCGAGCACCUGGCGCACCUGAAGGAGCUGUAUCUGCAGAACAACGUAAUUUCUUACAUUGGCAAUCAAACGUUGACUCCGCUCAGAUCAUUGGAGAUUCUGCGUCUGGAUGGAAACAAGCUGAUCGUUUAUCCCGUUUGGCAGCUGUCCGCGAACGCGCAUUUGACGGAGGUGACGUUGGGUAACAACCAGUGGUCCUGCCGCUGCAAAUUCCUGCAGGAAUUGACGUCCUGGGUGGCGGACAAUGCGGCCAAAGUGAUUGAUAGUGCGGACAUUAUGUGCUACAACAUGGACUCGAAACCGCCGCAGCGACGCGAGCUGGACUUCAACAGUACGGCCUGCAGUGACUAUUACGCGAGCAUCGACAGCAUGCUCGUCUCCGAUUACCUGCCGAUGGCCGUGAUCACCCUCUGCGUGCUCGUCUUGCUGAUCGUCGUGCUCGUUUUGUUCUUCGUGUUCCGCGAUACGGUUCGCGUGUGGCUGUACUCUAGGUACGGUGUGAGGUUGUGCAGUUUCCGGGCGGCCAAGCAGUUCGAGGACAGGGACAAACUCUACGACAGUUUCGUGUGCUACAGCCCGAAGGACGAGGAGAUGGUCGUGCAGUCUUUGGCCACCGAGCUCGAGUCCGGAUUCCAGCUGUGUCUGCACUACAGGGAUCUGCCGCACGCCGCUUACCUGCAGCAUGCUGCGCCUGCCGUCCUCGAAGCCGCUGAAGCCAGUCGUCGUCUCAUCAUCGUUCUCACCAGGAAUUUCCUGCAGACAGAAUGGUCUAGGUUCGAGCUGCGACAGGCGCUGCACGAAGCGCUCAAAGGCCGCGUCUUCAAGCUGAUCAUCAUAGAACAGUGCCCGUUGCCCGAAGCUGAGUUGGACCCUGAGCUCAGGCCCUAUCUUAAAACAAGUCACAGGAUUCGUUUGGGAGAGAAACGCUUUUGGGAGAAACUCAAGUACGCCAUGCCCACGGUGGAGCCGCGCGGCAAGAUCAACGCCAACUACAGAAAGAACAUCAACAAUUACACAAUGGAGACGCGCUCGGUCGUGGUGAACGGCGGUGCUACGCACGGUCACGUCCACGGACACGGAACACACCCGUACCCAGAAAAAUUCAAGGCACCUGCGCCACCAUCGCCGCAGCUCUACCCACCACCUGCAUACUCUGUCGGUAGCCUCGGUGGACACGACGGUGAUGAAGCCAAUUACUCUUCGGCGACGACGGCCACUCCAUCGCCUCGUCCGGCGCGGAGGAUCGCCGGUCCUGGCGUCCAGAUGAACCAGCAGGAGCCACGGCCUCUGUCCGAUCACAUCUACUCUAGCAUAGAUUCCGAUUACAGCACCUUAGAACGUGGAGGUGGAGGCGGUGGCUCCGGAAGACGCGGUCCCCCAUGGAGGCCGCAGCCGCACAUGAUGAUGCAAUCUGGGGGAACCGCCGGCCAGGCCUACCUCGUGUGAUAAACCUAUUUUUUGACUGAUUAGAUAUGUAUAAAUAAUUACUAUAAACUAUAUUGAUUAUAAAAAAAAAACAUACUUAACU